UUUCUCAUAUCAAUCAUUCUCCGAUACAAAUAACAUCCACCCUUCACCGGAAAAUUAAUCUCCUACAUAAUGUCCGCCUCCACCAUGGCUCUCUCUUCCCCUUCAUUCGCCGGUAAGGCGGUGAAGUUCUACCCAUCCACCCCCUACAUCCAAGGCGGCGGCCGUGUUUCCAUGAGGAAAACCACCAAGCCCGUCCCAUCCGGCAGCCCCUGGUACGGUCCAGACAGAGUUUUGUACUUGGGUCCACUCUCCGGUGAACCACCAUCUUACUUGACCGGAGAAUUUCCCGGCGACUACGGUUGGGACACUGCCGGGCUCUCAGCCGACCCGGAAACCUUCGCCAAGAACCGUGAACUCGAAGUCAUCCACUGCCGAUGGGCCAUGUUGGGUGCUCUCGGGUGCGUUUUCCCCGAGCUCUUGGCACGUAACGGAGUCAAGUUCGGCGAAGCGGUCUGGUUCAAGGCCGGUUCACAGAUCUUCAGCGAGGGUGGACUCGAUUACUUGGGUAACCCGAGUUUGAUCCACGCUCAAAGCAUUUUGGCCAUCUGGGCUUGCCAAGUUAUUUUAAUGGGUGCCGUCGAGGGUUACCGUAUUGCCGGUGGACCGCUCGGUGAGGUGACCGACCCGUUGUACCCGGGUGGUAGCUUUGACCCGUUGGGUCUUGCUGAUGACCCGGAAGCUUUCGCUGAGCUCAAGGUUAAGGAGAUUAAGAACGGCCGGUUGGCUAUGUUCUCUAUGUUCGGGUUCUUCGUACAGGCCAUCGUAACCGGCAAGGGUCCGUUGGAGAACUUGGCCGACCACCUUGCUGACCCGGUUAACAACAAUGCUUGGGCCUAUGCCACCAACUUUGUCCCCGGAAAGUGAGGAAAGAGUGUGAAACGGAUUGUAUUUUUUUUAUGGUUUUUCUUUGUUUUCGUGAUGUAAAUUUGUUGCAAAUCAAUCAGAUCAUCAUGUGAAUUUUGUCUACUCUUCA